UUUCAAAAAUAUAUAAUAAAAAACAAUGAUAUGUAAUUGAAUAAAUCAUCUUUUCCAUUUCCACCGUUUCAUGCUAAGAUCUGGGUUUGGCUUAUAGGAAUAUACCGCGGGGUGAUUGUAGAUAUUUUACCCUAAUUCCAGGUUCUUAUGAUGGAUGAGUUAGAGGUGACAAAGUUCGGCUUAAAUGUCAGGAAGAAUGAGAAAGAUGGGUUCCCAAGGAGACUAGAUCCUCCAAUAUCUAAAUUUUUUGGGCAGCUCCAAAGUGUUGUUAAGUCACGGCUUAGUAGAUUGGCAAAACAGGAUGGAAUGAAUUUGGUCAGAUCGGUACAGAGAAACGGGAAAAUCUCUUUUAAUGCCUCUGAAGAUGAACUGAACGAGCAAGUGCAAGCAUGGAGAGAAAAUCCUUCUUGGGUUGACAAGCCGCCGGUAAUAAAGGUGACUGUUCCCAAAGGCUCUCUUUGCAACCUCAAUGUAGAAGUUGAUGUUGGGCUGCCUCCUGAUGCAGUAUAUAAUAUAGUGACAGAUCCUGACAAUAGGAGAGUUUUCAAAAAUAUCAAAGAAGUACUAUCCAGAAACGUUUUGGUUGAUGAGGGUCAUAGGCAAGUGGUUGAUCUUGAGCAAGCAGCCAUUUGGAAAUUUCUUUGGUGGUCCGGGACUAUUUCAAUUAAUGUUAUGGUAGAUCAAAAUAGAAAUGACCACUCUAUGAAGUUCAAGCAAACCAAGACUGGAUUCAUGAAAAAAUUUGAGGGCUGCUGGAAGGUAGAGCCUUUAUUUGUUGAUGAAGCAAUGUGCCUUCCUUUUAAACCCAUGACAAAAGAGGAUUACAAUGCAUGUACAAGAGGCAAAGGAAGAAUUGGAUCUAAAGUUAGCCUGCAACAAAUACUUCAACCAGCCAUUGUGCCGCCCCCUCCCAUAUCAUGGUAUUUGAGGGGAAUUACCACCCGAACAACUGAGAUGCUUAUCACUGAUCUGCUUGCAGAAACUGCUAGAAUAAGAGGAGGAUACGAGGUUGAAAUGUCUAAGGGAGAGGAGCUUCAGGGAAAACCUGGUAGAAAUGUGGACCUGUUUGCUAACACACGUGACAUUAAAGAAAGAUGGCUUUUACGUAGAAAAAAUGCCAAGCUGAGUCAAAAAAGAUUACUCACUGGCUAAGGGAUUUUCUUAUGUUUUAUUUUUAUAUUUUUAAGCAAUCUGUCUAGAUUGCUACAUAGUAAUUCAGUUUACUUUAUAAAGGAUUCUGAUGUAUGCAUUUUAUUACAUAAUGUUAGAAGAGUCACCAAUUUCAGC